UGAAAACUUCCGUCAUUUGAGAUUAAAACAAAGGCAGGUACAUAUUCGAACUAAAUAGAUCAAAACUUCUCCCUCUUCCUUCAAAUGCAGUCGCUCUGCAUCUCUGCAUUCAACGGAAUUACUCAAACCUUUCCAGUUUUCGUGUUUUUCUUGAAUUUAGAAAAUGUCUGAAAGCAUGGAAACAGACGAAGAGAUGAUCGCUCAAUGUUUUAAUCUUUUUCAAGACAAGCCUGUUCCUUCUCAGGUGGAGAAAGCAGAAUGGCACCCCGACAAGGACUUGUUAGCUAUGAUUACAGAAGAGGGUAAAGUUGUUUUGCACCGUCUAAAUUGGGACAAGCUAUGGACUAUUUCUCCAGAAGAAAGAGCCACAUCUAUUUGUUGGCGUCCUGAUGGUAAAGUCCUAGCUAUUGGACAUAAUGAUGGAACCAUUUCAUUACAUGAUGCUGAGAAUGGAAAGAUGCUGAGGAGCAAUAAGCCACACAAUGCAGCUAUUGUAUCUCUUAGUUGGGCUGAGGAGGGUCAGAUAUUCUCGGUUGAACCCUAUGAUAUGUUCUCAUAUAAAGACCGGACUCCACGUUUUUUGCCUACACCCCCAAAGGCUCCAUACAUUCCAGACUUAUCUUCUGGAGUUUCUGAAUCUACAGAGGAGCGAGAUGGUACAGAUCAAGAAUUGGUAAACUCUUCCAGGGAACGGCUCAACAUUCUCUGCAGUGGAGAUAUGGAGGGUAUCAUUUGCUUUAACAUCUUUGGAGUUUUUCCAAUUGGAAAGAUUAAUAUUGGGGACCUAUCAAUUCGUCAUUUGAAAGGGCCUGAGACUUCAUAUAGACUCAAGGAUGCGUCGUUAUUCAAGGUGGCACUUUCAAAAGAUCUUCAGCAAUUAAUUGUUCUCUGUUAUGGAAUGCGGGUUGAGGGGACAUCAGAUAUGAAACUGGGAUUGCACAGUCUUCUUAUCAACACAUCCAUAUUCCAGAAAAGGAACAAGGAACUUUUUCAGGUUGCAUUGCAAGUGUCAAAUAUUGAGAAACUUCAAGAUGUUGUACUUGUGUCUUUACAAGCAAUGCAUAAACAAUGGUCAGAUGCCAUGAACUUGUUUAAGGACAAGUUCCGUCAUCUUUCAUCUCUGCUUGCAGUUCAUGGAUUGGAUUCAAACCAACAGGAUGAACUGGUGAAUUUUUUGUGUGGAUUUACUGCAAGUGAUGCACUGCGCCAGUUUCUGGAAAAUUCUCUAAGUGAAGGGGGAGUAAAACGAUUAGCCAAAAGCAUUGAUUCUGCUGGCAAGGAGAUGCGCACUAUUAUAGACGAAUCUUUGAAGCCAGCAUCUGAUGAAAUUGCAUUUAGAAUCGGGGAGCUGAAGGGAUUUUCUGAAUGGGGUGCACGCUUUCAAAGUAUUGGACUGGAGGAAAAUAUGGUUCAUCAAGCAAUGGAAGACUCUGGGAUGUUGGUGGUGCAAAUUGAACGGCUGCUCAGAGUUCUAUCUGAAACUGUGAAACUGUUUGAGAAUUUUUUUGCUUGGCUGACUAAGUCGCUUAAACACCUGAGCGGUGAACCUCUUUCACAAAGUGAUCAGCUGCCUGUCAUUAACAGUCAGCUUGUGAUGCUUUUCUUGACGACUGUUUUCAUGGAAGACCCAAUUAUGCCUCACUUGGAUGCUCUUCAAAAGGAUGUGGAGAUACAAAUUCAUCCAGAAACAAAAAGUAUUUUGGAAGAGCUGGUAAUACUUGGAGGGUUCAAAGAUACAAAGUGUUUGCAGAGGACGCUUUUCGAGCAGUUUAGUCAUUUGCAAACAAGCUGCAAGGAGGCUUUCUAUACGCCCUUUAAGGUUGUUUCUCAAAAAUUGUAUUGUGAAGGCAUAAUGCUGCUUUCUUAUGUUUCAACUCUGCCUUCAACAAUGAAAUUCAAAGAACCUAUAUCAAUCACAUAUUAUGAGAAAGUUGGAGAUGGCCAGUCAGUGGACCAAAUACCAGAAAAUAUCAUUCAGGAUUACAUUUGUUUUCGAUUGCCUGAUGAGGAUCCACAUGGGCCUAGUAUUCUAGUAAUUGUACGGGGAUUCCGGACAGCUGGAAAUUUUCAGCAAUCAGUGUCAAUGGAGGGUAAAGUUGAAGUGAUUGCAUUAUCUUUUGCCAACAGGUUUCAUUGCAUUGAUCUAGCCCUAUACAAGAAAGAUCAGAUAGUGUUACUACUAGACGGAACAAGUUCCAGUGAUGAUGCAGUGGCAAGUGGAAAUUCAUUGUUGAUGCUUCUGCCAAUCAGCAAUCUACCUUUUGUUCCUCUUGUGGAUGUUCCAUUAGAUAUUCCUAUUUCGGAAUUAUGCCAAACGGAGUGUAAAGCCUUUAGUGCAAGCUUGGAGGAUGGAAGAGCACGUUGUAUUUCACAUUCACUAGUUGCACCGUUGGUUGUUAGUGCAUCUAGGGGUCUAGCUUGUUUGUUUACGUCUCAACGCCAUGCAAUGAUAUACAAUCUAGAAGAAGACGAAGAGAAAGAAGACAAUGAAUAGCAAGUGACCAUCAUUUCUUCUGGAGCUGAAGUGCAUUGAAUUGUGGGCACUUACUGUUCAUAAGCAUGAAUAUGACAUGUUUCCCACUCCUUAAUUGUAUUACUAUGAAAAGCUUCUGUUAUGCUGUGAUGAUUUUCUUGCCCAUUCUUUGAGCAUGACCAUUUUGUUGCUUAUCCAUAUUUAAUUUUAUAGAAGAAUUUUGCCUCUAGAUUUUAGUUAAAGAUCCCAGAUUGGUCUUGUGUCAAAACUAUCGGGGGAUGUGUCUAUUAUUUUCAUUUGAGUUUCAAAUAUAAUUUGAAAAAAGUAUAAAUAAUGUUUAUAAAGAAAUUAGUUUUUAUGCAGAAUA